AUGCCAAGGUCUUUCCUGGUCAAAAAGGUUAAGCUCGAUGAUUUCUCAUCCGCGGAUCUCGAAAACUCCUAUGGCAGAUCACGGGCCGACCUUAGUCUACGCUUUCACGAGAAAGGGUACAUCAGUGACUACAUGACCCCGUCGGUGUACGACGGCGAGAGUGACAAUGGCAUCAAAGUACCUUCCCCCGGGCCCAUCUACGAAAGCAUCCACAGCGAUUAUGGGGCGCCGGACUCGGACCAGCCCGACAGCCCGCAGUCCGAGAUCUCCUCCGGGUACAUCAACGGGGACACCGCCGUCAGCGAGGGCUACUCGGUGGACGCCUUCUUCAUCACGGACGGCCGCUCGCGGAGGAAAGCCAUUGCCAGCCCGCGCACCCUGCAGCGUCACACGUGCAACGAGUGCGGGAAGACCUACGCCACGUCCUCGAACCUGAGCAGACACAAGCAGACGCACCGGAGCAUAGACAGCAAGCUGGCCAAGAAGUGUCCCACCUGUGGCAAGGUGUACGUCUCCAUGCCCGCCAUGGCGAUGCAUCUGCUGACCCACGACCUCAAGCACAAGUGCGACAUCUGCGGCAAGGCCUUCAGCAGGCCGUGGCUCCUGCAGGGACACAUGCGCUCGCACACCGGCGAGAAGCCCUUCGGAUGCGCGCACUGCGGAAAGGCGUUCGCGGACCGCUCCAACCUCCGCGCCCACAUGCAGACACACUCGGCCUUCAAGCACUACAAGUGCAAACGAUGCAACAAGACAUUCGCGCUCAAGUCCUACCUUAACAAGCACUACGAGUCGGCCUGUUUCAAAGGAGCCUUUUCACCGCUGAGUCCUCUCGAAGAUUGA